AUGUUUGAGGAUAAUCAGAACUCUCGUGCUGUCGUUCUCGACCAGGAUUUCAUCUCCACUCGCAUGGAGGAUUUUCCUACUGUUUCGGCAUAUUGUCAGCGUCUGAAACAUAUCUCUGAUCAGUUGCGGAAUGUUGGUGCCCCCGUUAGUGACCAUCGUCUUGUUCUCCAGUUGGUCUCUGGUCUCACUGAGCCUUUCUGUGGUGUUGCCACCCUGAUCCGUCAGAGUGAGCCUUUGCCUCCUUUCCUCAAGGUCCGCUCCAUGCUGAUUCUAGAGGAAUCCGGUCUUGCCAAGAUGUCCGGCCCUGCCUCUCAGACUGCUUUGCACACUGCUGCUUCCCAUCCACGGGAUUCUGAUGACUCUUCUCAGCAGCGCACCACCAAUCGCAGCAAUCAGGGACACUCUAACUACCGUUCUGGGUCCGGGCACCAUCGUAACUAUCAGGGUAGUUCUGGAAAACCUAAAAAGAAAGGUGGCUCCCGCUAUACUGGAUCAUCUGGCUCCUCUGGUUCCCCUGCUGCAGCUCCUCCACCAUGA